AUGUCAACGAUUAUAAAAAUAAAGUCUUAUUUACAAAAAUGUACAGACUGUGGUGAAACACAAAAUAUUAUAGAAGACUAUAGAAAUGGUUAUAAUGUUUGUGGUAGAUGUGGAUGUGUUGUCGGGAAUCGUAUUAUAGAUGAAUCAAGUGAAUGGAGAUCUUUCUCUGACAGCAAUAAGGCUGAUCCUUGUCGCACAGGAAGCGUUAGUAAUCCAUUUUUGGAUACUGAACAACUCGAUACAAUGAUUUCUUCUGUUCCCGGCACAUCUUCUUACAAUUUACAAAAAAUACAAUUAAAGACUGCGAUGCGUGGACCAGAAAGAUCUUUAAAACAUGGUAUUAACUUAAUAACCGCUUUUUGUGAAAGAGCGAAUAUUACUAAGACGGUUAUUGACAGAGCAUGUCUUAUUUUUAAAAUUGUUGAUGACAAAAAACUUCUUAAAGGUAAGAAUAUUGAAGGAGUAGUAGGUGCAUGUAUAUACAUUGCUUGUAGAUUAGAAAACUGUCCUAGAACUUUUAAAGAAGUUAGUCUUAUUACUUCUGUACAGAAAAAGGAAAUAGGUAAAAGUUUUAAGUUAAUAAGUCCACAUGUUGAAAAUUUAACAGUUGUGUCUACAAAAGACAUUGUAGCAAGAUUUUGUUCAGAUCUUAGGCUUAAUAUUAAAAUACAAAGAUUGGCUUUUGCAAUUUCAGCCAAAGUUCAAGAAGCUGGUAUUUUAGCCGGUAAAAGCCCUGAUUCUAUUGCUGCUGCUAUAAUUUACAUGGUGACUUAUUUGGUCCCUGAAGGUAGGAAAGUGCAGAAAGACAUACAAUAUGUUACAAAUGUAACUGAGGUGACAAUAAAGAACACUUAUAAAGAAUUGGCCAUCUUUAAAAAUGUAAUUAUUCCUACAGAUAUUGUUUCACAGGAGGCUAUUGAUAAUCUACCGAAUAAUUAA